AUGAUGGCGGCGGCUACAGAGAGAGGAGGGGUUCGAGCCGCCUUCUUGAAUCCAGGCAGUGGUAGUGGGGUCGGUGGACCUGCUCCUGCACCCGCCCCAGCUGCACCCGGAGCCAUGGCUGGGACUGCAAGUUCGGGUUCGGCGGGCUCGGGUCCCAUGCCCGUACCGAUGAACCUCUUUGCAACAUGGGAAAUUGACCGCUCCUCUCCAAGCUGUGUUCCGAGAUUAUGCAGUCUCACCCUGAAGAAGCUUAUUGUCUUGAAGGAACUGGACCGUGAGCUCAACUCUGUGGUCAUCGCUGUCAAGAUACAGGGCUCCAAACGUAUCCUGAGGUCUAAUGAGUACAUGCUCCCUCCCAGUGGCUUGAUGGAGACAGACCUGGAGCUCACCUUCUCCCUACAGUAUCCGCACUUUCUGAAGAGGGAUGCCAAUCGACUGCAAAUAAUGCUGCAGAGGAGGAAGAGGUACAAGAACCGCACCAUUCUUGGCUACAAGACUUUGGCAGUGGGAGUCAUCAACAUGGCUGAGGUGAUGCAGCAUCCAACAGAUGGGGGCCAGAUUCUGGGUCUCCAUAGCAACGUUAAAGAGGCUCCAGUACGUGCUGCGGAGCUGAGUGUUUACUCGUUGUCCAGUCAGCCCAUUGAUCCCGAGGAUGGCAGCGGUCAGCCGGAAGCCAAGGCAAAAACAUCAGAUCGAUCUCCUGACAUGGAUAACUACUCUGAGGAUGAUGAUGAUAGCUAUUCUUCGGAACAGGAGGCGAGCGAUGAUGCAGUUCAGGCACAGGACCUGUAUGACGAGGACGAUGAAGUCCAAAGGAAGCCAAAGAAAUCUCGGAGAAAAAUGAUCAGAACCACCUCUAUGACACGGCAACCCAACUUCAAGCAGAAGUUUGUUGCCCUUCUGAAGAGGUUCAAAGUAUCAGAUGAGGUUCUGGACUCAGACCCAGUUGACCCAAACCAAGAGGUGGAGGAGGAUUUGGACCUACUUUACGACAGUCUGGAAGUGUAUAACCAGAGUGACAGUGGCCCAGAAAUGGAAGACAAUGAGAGUGUGCUGAGCACACCCAAACCCAAACUCAAACCGUUCUUUGAAGGGAUGUCACACUCCAGCUCUCAGACUGAGAUCGGCAGUCUGCACAGUCAGAAGAGCCAGCCCAGAGAGCAGUCCUCUACCAGUGGAGAUCUACUGACUGUGGAAAAAAACAGAGCAGCAGGAGGGAGAUACCCAGAUGAGGCCACCGUGGUAGACUCCAAUACAGGGGAGGUGGCAGAAGAAGACACAGCGGUUGGCACGGUGACAAGCGAUGCCAACAUGAGUUGGGACGUCAGUACAGAUAAGCUGGCCAGCACUGUGGGCAAACUCUGCAAGACAGAGUCCCAGACUCACAUGUCGCCUAGUAAAACAGAGAACAAACUGCAGAGACGCACACGAAGCACCUCCAUGAAGGACAGACAGAACUCCAAGGCCCAGAGUGACAGGACGAGUAGUAUUGAUAGUGAAACUUCACCAGAUUCCAGACUCACUGUACAGGUGCCAAGGAAGUCUGUGUAUGACCAGCUGAAUCAAAUCCUCAACUCUGAUGAACAGUUGCCUGAGAGUAUAAUCCUCAUCAACACCACAGACUGGCAGGGCCAGUAUCUAAAUGAGAUCCUCCACGAACACAACCAGCCCAUAGUUUCCACCAUAUCCAGUGCUGACGUACAAGCCGCCUUCAAUACUAUCGUGACAAGAAUCCAGCGAUUCUGUAACUGUAACGCGCAGACACCUCCCACCAUUAAAGUGGCGGUGGCAGGGGACCAGAGCUACCUCAGCACUGUCCUCAGGUGCUUUGUGGAGCAACUUGCCAACAAGACGCCUGAUUGGCUGAGCUACAUCCGUUUCCUUGUCAUCCCUGUCGGUUGUCAUCCUGUGGCAAAAUACAUCUCAUCUUUCGACAGCAAGUUCAACAAUGUCUUCAUGGACGCGGGCUGGAGGGAUGUGUUCAGCAGACUAGAGGCCCCAACAUCAGACAACAUUGAUGUGGCCGGCCGUGUCUCCCAGUACCUGGCAGGAGCCAACCUGUCCCACCAGUUCCCCAUCUCAGAAGCCAUGCUGACCUACAAACAGAAAAGCCCAGAUGAGGAUUCCUGUCAGAAGUUUGUACCAUUCAUUGGGUUGGUGAAAGUGGGCAUUGUGGAACAAAACCUGUCGACCUCAGUGGACUCUGAUGAUGCCAUGGUUGGGAGUGUGAAUAUGUUGGCAUCCCCUCCAGCCCAGACAGGGGGGGCACCCUAUGGAAAGGACAUGACCUCCACUCCACCCUCCUCCCCCUCUGUCUCUACAGCUCUCUCUGGAGCAGGUUCUCCAGUGUCAGGUGGAGAGGUGAUGGGGUUGCAGGUGGAUUACUGGACCUGGCAGGGCACAGAGAAGAAGAAGGAGGGAGAAAAAAGAGACGUAGGGAAUAAAAACACGCUGAAGAGCAACUUCCGCUCUCUGCAGGUGUCUCGUAUUCCCAACGCGGGGGAACUCACUCCACCUCCUGGCAUGGCAAUGACUGUCGUCAUGAAAGAGAAGAACAAAAAAGUCAUAUUCCUCAGUAAGAAGCCUAAGGAGAAAGAACUGGACUCUAAAAGCCAGGUCAUUGAUGGCAUUAGUCGACUGAUCUGUACUGCCAAGCAUCAGCAUACCAUGCUGAGAGUCUCCAUUGAUGGUGUGGAAUGGCAUGAUGUGAAGUUUUUCCAGUUGGCUGCCCAGUGGCCCACUCAUGUAAAGCACUUCCCUGUGGGUAUAUUCGGCUACACCAAGCCCAUGUGA